GGCUUGGAGUGGCCGUAGUCGCACGCGCCGGAUUCACCCGAACGACUGAGACCUUGGAGCAGGCGCCAUGUCCCAGCAUUCCAGGGACCCCCGCCCCGUCCCGCACCGCAGCAAGGCCUGUCGCUGCCUCUUCGGGCCUGUGGACAGCGAGCAGCUGCAGCGAGACUGCGACGCCCUCAUGGCCAGCUGUCUCCAGGAGGCCCGAGAGCGGUGGAACUUUGACUUCGUCACCGAGACCCCCCUGGAGGGCGACUUCGCCUGGGAGCCCGUGCGGGGCCUGGGCCUGCCCAAGAUCUACCUGAGCCCCGGGACCCCGGGCGACCUGGGAGGAAGCAAGCGGCCCAGCACCUCCACCGCCCUGCUGCCGGCCACCGAUCAGGAGGACCACGUGGCCCUGUCGCUGUCCUGCGCCCUCGUGCCUCGCUCUGCCGAGCUGCUCGACGGUUCCCCGGCCGGGCCUGGAACCUCUCAGGGCCGAAAACGACGGCAGACCAGCAUGACAGAUUUCUACCACUCCAAACGCCGGCUGAUCUUCUCCAAGAGGAAGCCCUGAGCCGCCCUCUGGAAGCUUCUCGCUCCACUCCCGCCCGCCCCGCCCCUUCAGAUCUCCUGCCUUCUUCCUCACUUUGUGCGUCUUAAUUAUUAUUUGUGUUUUAAUUUAAACUCCCUCAUGUAUAUACCCGGCCCGGCCCCUCCUGCCAGCCUCUGGCAUUCGUUAUUUAAAGAGAAAAGCAUUAGGUCGUAGAAUAGA